AUGACCGAGUACAUUCCCAGCUCCUCAGCUGUUGCAUGCUUGAUCGUGACGACAUCGGGACGCAUUCUCCUCUUGUGGGACCAGGAUGACACACUGCCGUUCCAGUAUCCGCAGCUCGCCAUGCUGCUCGCCAGCCUCUUCCACUUCGCACACGCCCAGUGCUUCGCUCAUCUAGAGCUGCAAAAUGGCUUCACAGUGCUGAUCUCUUCAGAUGUCGAUGCACAAGUCUCAGUCGCGGUUAUUUGUGCUACACCACCAAGGGCAAGCAAGGACAACGACGACUUCUGCUGUACACAGGUCUCUCCACUGCAGCUCGGCCGACUGAAAAGCUUGCUCAUUCUACAAGAUACACGUUGA